AUGGCCACCCCAGAGCGACAAGAACUCGUUCGCAAUGCCGUCGUCUUUCUUACAGAUAACAAUACGCAGGCGUCGCCCUUAGCACAGCGUGUGCAGUUCCUGGAAGCCAAGGGUCUGACCGGUGCCGAAAUUGACGAGGCAAUGAGACAGGCAGCAUUGAGCCAAACUGCCUCCGCACCACGCAUAUCUGCACAACCGUAUGGACCUGUGUACCCCCAGGUGUACGGUCCAGCGCCCUUCCCCGCACAACCUCUGACACAACCAUGGGACUGGAGAGACUACUUUAUCACCGCCAUCGUCUCCGGCACCGUGGCGUAUGGUGCGGUAUCGCUGUUCAAGAAACAUGUCAUGCCGCAUCUACAACCUCCAUCAGCUACAGCAUAUGAGGCUGACAAGGACGCCUUGUCCGCUCAGUUUGAUGCUGCGGAGGCACUUCUGAAAGAAAUACAGGCUGAGUCGGCAGCUAUGAAACAAGCAGUGGAUCAGCAGAACGAGAAGGUCGAGCGUGCGACACAGGAGGUUGAAACAUUAGUACGAGAAAUGAGAGACAGUGAAGUCAAGACUCGGGACGAAAUGCGCGAGAUCAGAGAUGAAGUGAAUAAUGUUCGCGAGAUGUUGCCUAAGAUGAUUGAAAAGAACAAAGAGAGCCAGUUGCAGUCACUAGCCGAGCUGCAUCAAGAGCUCAAGUCACUGAAGGCGUUGCUCUUGAGUCGUGGGCCCACUUCCAGUGGAAUGUCCACUCCGAUUAUCCCUAGCAAACCUUCAAUCCCUGCAUGGCAACUAGCUGGUCCUCCCCAGAAUGGAGCAAACGCUGGCACUCUCCCAUCACAUGCGUCACCUUCCGCUUCUUCGACGUUGUUACCUAAUGGCAAAGGAAAGGAGGUCGAAGUCAUAUCCGACAGUUCACAUGUAGCCGAUACUUGAUACAUUGUAUGCGUGUGUUAUAUACAAUCAUUUGGAU